AAAAAAUAAACUGGCAAAAUAAACUGUUAUCGAGUGCCAGUACUUGUGUACUGGUGAGGUUAUAAUUAGAGACAUAACUUUCAAUCACACUGCUACCUUCAAUCUACUCACUAGCGAAGCGCCCCCAACACGAGAUCGGCGUUGCAAAGACUAUUACCGAUGACAGAAUCAAGGGUAGAUUUUGCGUUACUCUCGCUCUUCCCCGCAACACGUGCGCAGGUUGAGGAGUCAUGGCGCCGGACGUGGCCACAAUGGGGUGGUACUCUGAGUCUCACAGAGUACCUCGCGCGAGAGGUUGACAUGGAAUCCAUGGAUCACGCGAAGGAUGGAAAACUGAUCACCUGGGUGCUGGCGCCACGGGAUGACCCAACCACUCUUGAUUUCAUGUGUUCCUGUGAGGCAUUCAGGCGCUCAGGUCUCGUUGCUUAUCCCUCAUCUUCUACUUCUGAGCCCAACUCAGUGCACGAAGUAACCUGUUACGCCAUUGCCAGUGUCUUCACCCCACCCUCUAAGCGCGGGCGCGGCUAUGCAAGCCAUAUGAUGCGCCUCUUACAUUGGGUCAUUGCCUCGCGUGCUAAUCUCCCCAAGUUCCCACAAGCAUGGGGCGCACCGCCGGAACAGGUAACAGAAGCUAGUGAAGGACUGUUCUCUUGCCUGUACAGUGAUGUCGGAGAAGACUUUUACCGCUCCGCAGGCCCUGGGGGUAAAGAGGGUGGAUGGGAGACACGGGGAGCCGUUUCGACUAUUUGUGACGUGGGUACAGAGGAAGGGGAUGAUGACGGAUGGACGUGGUUGACGCAGGAGCAGCUGAACGGGCUUUGGGAUCGUGAUGCUGGGCGGAUCAAUAAAGAGCUGGCGAACAUGUUGACAACCGACACCUCAUAUGAGGUGGAGCGCCCGGCAGCAUUCGUGACGUACCUGCCAACAAACGGUGUCUGCGGGUUCCAUAUCCCACGUUCGACGUACGCUUCGGAAGUUUCCAUGGCAGGUGGAUUCUGGGGUAUACAGUCUUUGAACGACCCAGACACAUACGCAAGCUGGAGCGUGGACUUGAGACCUCCUCCGCCAACGCUAAUCAUUACGAGGCUCUGUGCCAGUGAAGAGACGUUCCCUGGGCUAAUCGCGAAGAUCACGCAAGUGGCUAGACGCAGCGGAAUUGGGAAAGUAGAGGUGUGGAAAUUGGGAAAAGGAUUAAGGGACAUUGCGGAGAGGAUGGGUGGGCGGACGGUCAUACGAAGCGAACAUUUGCCACAGAUAGUAUGGUAUGGACCUGGAGCGACAGGGAAUAUAGAGUGGGCGUAUAACGAGAAGUUCAGCUGGUGCUGAUACGGGAUUGGGUUGUAGUUGCAGAUCAAUCAGAGGUAUCGCGCUGGCAUGUCUAGAAAGCAUUAGCUACGUGGAUCCCGGGAAUGACCCUGCAAGCGCAUCCACUGUCACUUCAAGAGUAUCGACGAAGGUAUCUUCACCUUCCGCGAUAUUGAUGAGGUGGACAUGUAUAUCACCACUCUUCCGAACGAUCACUGUUUUCAACUUCUGGGAACCUAGUUGGGCUCCGUCGCGUUCGUUCUCGAUUGUAUUCUCGAGUUCGGCAUCGAGACUCGACAGCUCUUGUAUGUUUUUUUUAUUUGUCUGUUUCCUCCAU